UCUUUUCAGAAAUGACAUGCAAUCCUCCUCAUAUUCCAAAUGGUUUCUACGCACCUCAGAGGAUCAAACACAGAGCUGAUGAUGAAAUCACAUAUGUAUGUAAAGAGGGCUUCUAUCCUGCAACCCAGGAAACAGUCGUGAAGUGUACAAGUACUGGCUGGAUUCCUGCUCCAAGAUGUGGCUUGAAACCUUGUGAUUUUCCACAAAUCAAAAAUGGACGUCUAUAUGAUGAAGAGAGAUACAGACCCUACUUCCCAGUACCUAUAGGAAAGCGGUUCUACUACCUCUGCAACAGUGGAUUUGUGACUGAUUCCAGGGAACACUGGGGCUUCAUUCACUGCACUGCACGAGGGUGGGAGCCUGCAGAUCCAUGCCACAGGCAAUGUGUUUUCCAUAAAGUGGAGAAUGGGGAAUCUCCACACAGGCAAAUACCAUAUAGUCAGGGCGAGUCUGCAGAAGUCAAGUGUUACCCUGGCUACAGUCUUCCAAAUGGUCAAGACACAGUUACAUGUACAGAGAACGGCUGGUCUCCUCAACCCAAAUGCAUCCCUGUCACGACAUGUUCAAAGAACGAUAUAGAGAUUGAGAAUGGGUUUCUUUCUGAAUCUGAUCAUACAUAUGCUCUAAAUAGAAAAACACACUAUAGGUGCAAACAGGGAUAUGUAACAGCAAAUGGAGAAACAUCAGGAACAAUUACCUGCCUCCAAAAUGGAUGGUCAGCUCAACCCUCAUGUAUCAGUGAGUACUUCAUGAUAUUUCUGCCAUUAUACUGGUGAUGUAUAAGGGUUUAGCUUUAUUCUCCUUUGAGGUGGCUGGUGUUGUUUCACUUGAAAGAUGAGUU